AUGUACAUUGUGCAGAGCGAUGGGUAUGCGCAUCUACCUGAGGCGGAGGAGGAGCAGCAGCAGAAGAACCAGGGGGGUGGUGCUGUCGGGGUGAUAUAUAUGCCGACCAAGGAUGAGAAUAAUAGGAAGAUGGCGUUUCCGGGGGGUGGGGUGUGGUUUCCAAUGGGCGAGGGGUGGGAGGUUAGUGUGACGGUGAGGGGGGGUUAUCGGUUUAUGUUUAAGGGGAGGGCGGAUGGAGUGAGUCGGGUGGUGGAGUGGGAGAAGAGGGUGGCCAAGGGGAGGUCGUCGUCCGAGGCGUCGGAGGCCAGUGAGAUGAAGCCGGAUUCGAGGUUUACGCUGAAUAUUGCCGAGUCUGGACUGAGGCGACCGUGCUUGGCGACGUUGACGAGGCAGGGGUUGAAGGUUGGGGGGUGGGAUCGGGCACAGAGGGAGUAUUUGGCUUCGUCAUUACGGUGUGAGAAUGAAGUGGAGGAAGAUGCAGCGCUGUAUACGUCCAUCUUGACGAUGGGAGUCUAUGUGGCGGCGCAAGAGGGUUGGUUGAAUCAAUAUCUCUAA